AACGGGCUGGCGAAUAGCGGGUUUCUCUUCUCUUUCCGGUGUUUUUCUCUUCUUUUGCUCCCCUCUAAUACUACUGUUUUUUCACUUCUAUUUGGCUCGAUUGGAACGCAUCUGUGCAAAUUGCUGCUCUGGUCUCACAAAAGCUUAUUUCGCUUGACGCAUACAGGCUGGUCGGAAAACGGACAGACAGCUGCCGCCUUCUUCACUUCUCACUUCCUUUCUUCUCACUUCUCAUUGUUGCACCUAAACCCCACUACGCAAAUUAUGCUCGAACAGCAAGGGCCGCAAAAUGGGAGUUGCCGGGCCAGAGGUCAAUCGUGCACGCAAUGCACCGCCGCUGGCUGGUCUUGGAGGGCGGUUCAGCGUCGCCCAGGUUGACGAGGUUCCGUCUCUGCGAGUCGCAAGAAGACCCCAAUCGUCGCGCCACAGCACUGGCGGCAAGCACGAGUUCCGGAUGCUGCCUCAAAUACUAGCCCACGACCUGACAGAAGCAGAGCGCAAGCAGCUGUUCAUCCAAAAGAUAUACCAGUGCGUGACCAUCUUUGACUUCCAGGACCCGGAGGCAGAGCUGGAGGGCAAGGAGGCCAAGCGCAGUACUCUGGAGGAGAUUCACGACUACAUCACCUCGCGCACUGGCGUAAUCACAGCCGAUGUGUACCCGGCUAUUUUUCAGAUGGUGCAGGCAAACAUAUUCCGCGUCAUCCCACCCCAGGUCAAUGCGUUUGGCGACCCGUUCGACCCCGAGGAGGAUGAGCCGCGCGACGAGCCGGCAUGGCCGCAUCUGUCACUAGUGUACCACAUUUUCCUGCGGUUCCUCGAGUCGGGGGAUUUCAACAACGGGCUGGCACGCUCGUUUAUCGACCAGGCAUUCACGACGCAGCUGCUGGACCUGUUUGACUGCGAGGAUGUGCGCGAGCGUGAGCUGCUGAAGACAGUGUUGCACCGGAUAUACGGCAAGAUGCUUGGCAUGCGGUCGUUUAUUCGGCGCUCCAUCAACAACAUCUUUCUGCAGUUCAUAUACGAGACGCAGCGUCACAACGGAAUUGCCGAGCUGCUCGAGAUCCUAGGCAGCAUUAUCAACGGGUUCACGGUUCCGCUAAAGGAGGAGCACAAGAACUUUUUGCAUCGCGUCCUGUUGCCCUUGCACAAGGCGCGGCCAAUGGGUCUCUACCACCCGCAGCUGACCUACUGCACUGUGCAGUUCCUGGAAAAGGACCCGGCGCUGGCGACUACCAUCAUCAAGGCCAUGCUCCGGUACUGGCCCAAGGUCAACAGUCCCAAGGAGGUCAUGUUCCUGAAUGAGCUCGAGGAGAUACUGGACGUCAUUGAGCCGACCCAGUUCACCAAGAUCUGCCAGCCCAUGUUCCAGCAGCUGGUGCGGUGCAUCGUCAGUCCACACUUCCAGAUUGCCGAGCGCACGCUGGGAAUGUGGCGCAAUCAGUACAUUGUCAACCUUAUCACCGACAACAACCACUUGAUUCUGCCUGUCACCCUAGCAGGCAUCUACCAGCACUCGCGGUCGCAUUGGAACCGCACCAUCCACAACCAGGUGUACCAGACACUGCGCUUCUUUGUCAACGUUAACGAGGACGUGUUCGACCAGUGCCUGAGCGAGUUCCGGAAGACGCGCGACCAGGAGAGGAAGCGGCGUCAGCAAAACAGCACACGGUGGUCGUCGCUGGCCAGGGUUGCCAUGACCAAGGCCCAGCAGUGCGAGACACCAACCACCGUCUUGCAGGACACCAGAAAGCCCGCAGCCACAGGACAGCAGUCAGUCGGACAGAUAGUGGACGGUUCUCGAGCCCUGUUCUCACGGUAAAUCCAGAGGUGGGUGCAGACGAGGCCAGGGAUGACAUCGUCAUGGCUGAGGAAGCCUGCAAAGAAGCAGCUACAGAGCAGACAGCAACAGCAAAUGAUGAAGCCAGUCCCAGGCUGCCGGCCGAUGUUACCAGCGAGGCGUCUGACGCUACAAAUGGCUCGGCUGAAGACCCCGCCUCGAAGGACAC